CGAAAGGCGGCCUGAUCCCUUCAUGUUCGUUCUCGUCAGGCGCAGCGGGAUGGCCUAGGCGAGGGCGUAUGAUUCUCUCAAGGCUCGCCCUGUACGACGACUCGUGCUGAAAAGCCAUGAUUGUGAGGCGGCGUCACUCGUCCCCUUGUCUGCUUAUGAACAGGGAAAAUGCUUGGCUCUGAUGGAGUGGCUCCGAUUGCGUGAAUCGCUCGGUGGCGGCGUGCGUCAAUGUCUCAUACGGGCAUCCACCAAAGAAAAGAAGCCAAAACAAAUUUUGCGCAAGGACGAAAUUCGGCAAAGGCACGAGGGGGAGGAGAAAAAAGGAAGUUUUCGUGGCUCGGCGGCAGCCAUCCAAUUCCAGCCAGCCAUUAUUACCGAGAGAUGGUUGUUCAGGUGGCCCCAAGCAUCGAAUCACAGGCACAAAGAGGGCCGGUCCACUAAUGCUGCUCCAUACCUCUCCGGCCUACCUGGUCAGAGGAGGGAAAAUCAACAAAUAAUGGGCAAUAGCGUGUGCCGGCUUCUCACGACAUACAUCCAGAGUACAGCACUGUGUGGAGUACCGGAGAGCAGGUUGUUUGCAUUGUUCUUGUUCGAGUCCGACGGUAACAGGCGUCCGCUGAGGCGAAAAGACGACGCUUCCGGUUGCAUUCACUCGUCCAAGACGGCGUCAGAAAGCGGAGUGGAGAUGGAUAGUCCAGGAGUUCCUUUUCCUGUCCGAGGCCCUGCUGUUGGACCUCAACCUAGCACAAGCAGAGAGCGGCGCUAAAGAUAGUUUUGUUUGCCUUUUGCCUUGGCGCAAGACGC